UGUUUAAUAUUAACUCUAAUUAACUCUAAUUAACUAAUAUGUGUAGAUCACUAACAAUUGUUAUACACUAUCAAUUCAUUAUGAUGUAAAUCCAGUUAUGAAUUAAACUGUUAAAAUACGUUACCCACCACAAAUAAUAAAUUAUUUGUGGUGGCUAUUUGAAGCUCAAAUUCCGCGAGCCUCACUUUCCGUUUUCGGUUCUAGUUCCGACAACCGUUGAUAAGGAACCUCAAUCAACACAAAUAUGACAAAUUCUUAUAAUCCCUAAAGAUAUGAAAAUAAAUUUUUAUAUAAAUCUGUCGUUAUUUGCUUGUAGGGACUAUUUCCAAUCUGUUAAACUUUUACUACUUCAUUAUACCAAGUUCAAACAAUGACUGUCGAAUUACAUCCUCAAUUCAAAACUAAAUCAGGUGAACCAAUUACCAUUGGUGCAGGAUCAGGUACUGCUGUGAAAGCUCUUAAAAGAGCUGAUCCAACCAAUACUGAACUUUUAGACGGAAUCGUUGAUAGAUUAACUUAUUCCAUCAAUGUGGGUUAUAAUCAUUUAGAUACUGCUGAAGUUUAUACUACUCAUCCUGAGAUUCAUAAAGCAGUGGUGAAAAGUAAAGCUCCAAGAGAAAAAUUAUGGAUAACAACUAAAUAUAUUGCUGCAAGUCCACAUGUGGGUAAGACUAGUGGAAGUCCAUCAAAGUUUGUUAAAGAAGCUCUUGAAGAACUUGAUACUGAUUAUAUUGAUCUUUUAUUGAUCCAUCAUCCAUUUUUCACCACUGAUAGUGCCGGAAUUGAAUUAGAAGAUGCUUGGAAAGAACUUAUUGAUGCAAAGAAAGCUGGUCAUGUUAGAUAUAUUGGGGUUUCAAAUUUUGCUGUUGAACAUCUUAAAAGAAUCAUAGCUGUCAGUGAAAAGGAAGGUAAAGAAUAUUAUCCUGUUGUCAAUCAAAUUGAAUAUCAUCCAUAUUUACAAAAUCAAUCUGAAGGAGUGGUUGAUUUUUCAAAAGAACAUGGAAUUUUAAUUGAAGCUUAUGGUCCAUUAACUCCCCUUUUCAGAAUCACUGAUGAAUCAGGAAAUGUUAUUGAAGAUCAUCCAUUGAAACCAAUAUUACCUGAAUUAUCUAAAAAAUAUAAAAAAUCUGAAGCUCAAGUAUUAUUAAGAUACGUUUUAGAUAAGGGUAUCUUACCAAUUACAACUUCAUCUAAAAAUGAAAGAAUUAAAGAAGCACUUGAAAUUUAUGAUUUCAAACUUAGUAAAGAUGAUGUUGAAUUAAUCGAUACCGAAGGAGCUAAAUUCCCUUACAGAGCCUUCUUUAAAGGAAGAUUUUAAUAAUCAUUAUCAUAUUUGUUCAAACUUUUUU